AUGGACAAAGCCAAGCAAGCCGUUUCAAGCUUCGUCUCUAAGGAUGGCCACCACAAGACCACCGUCGAUGAGGAUGUCAACAGAUCUGUCACUGAAGAGCAGGUUCGCCCUCACCGCCAUGAGGAGAUAACCACUGCCGUUGACAAGGAGGUUCACCAAGACCAUCACCAUACUACGAUCCAGCCUAUCAAGGACCAACAGACUCUCCCCGAGAAGCACCAUCAUAACGUCGUUCCUGUCGCACACAAGACUGUUGAGCACGGAAACGAUAGAGAAACCAAGGACAUCCUUGACCGCGAGCACGCGAAGUUCAAGAACACCUCUACUACUCAUGAGACCACCCACACUUCGACCGCCGCCCCCGUGGUGACAGGUGAGCGCGUCCACCACCACGUCCACGAGCAUAUCCAGCCCGUCAUCCAGAAGGAAACAAUCCAGCCUCAUGUCGUACACACGACUGUGCCAAUCCAUGAGACGCACCACGCUAAGCCAGUCCACCACGGCACUACCACCCUUCCCACCAAGACUCUUCAUGAGUUCACCAAGGAGAAGGGCAGCCUUGACGGACCCCGUCACCACAAGUACGAUGAGUUUGAUGGAUGCCCGGACAAGAUUAACAAGGGCUUCGCGGAUUCCGAGCAUGCUGGCGUAGCCGGAACCCACAGCCACAGCCACGGCCAUUCCCACGGAACUGGCGCUGGUAAGACUGCUGUCGCUGCCGCUGGCGCUGCCGCCGCCGGAGCUUCCACCACCCACCAUGGACACAACACCAGCUCCACCCACGGUUCGGACAGCCUUGCCGCAGCUCAGUCUGCCAACGCUCGCCACACUGUAGGUGACAAUUCUACUACUACUAGUACCACGAAGGGAAUUAGACAUGGUACUCACACCACUGGCGUCCAGAAUGAUGCCAACUACGCCCCCGGUAGCACAGCUCACGGCGCUUCCUCUUUGAACAAGUCUGAGCCUCGCUUCGGUUCCACCACCACCAGCACUGAUCCCACGCACGAUGCUACAGGCAAGAAGGUUUCUCUUGUUGACAAGCUGAACCCCUUCAAGGACGCUGAUGGAGAUGGCCAUAAGGGUAUUAUGAGCUAG